AUGUUCGACGUUGUCGUCGUCGGCGCCGGCCUGAGCGGUCUUCAGGCAGCCUACUCCGCCCAGCAGGCAGGCCUGUCCGUCGCGGUCGUCGAAGCCCGCGACCGCGUCGGCGGCAAGACUUGGAGCGUCCCGUUGGCGUCCGGCCGAGGCGUCGCGGACCUCGGAGCUGCGUGGAUCAACGACAAGACGCAAAAGAGAAUCGCAGGCUACAUCCGCAGGUUCAACCUCGCCACUGUGACGCAACGAUUGGAGGGCAAGGCGGUCAUGCAGGUCGACGGUGACAGCAGGAUCGAGUUUCCCUUCGGCAUCACCCCCGAGUUCUCUGAAGAGGAAAAGAGAAACCUCGAGUUCGUCCGCGACCAUAUCCAGGCCGCCUCCCUCCGCCGAGAAGCCCCGACAACCGAAGACGAUAGCCUGUCCCUGGACCAAUACGUGCGGAAGCUGGGCGCUCUCCCAAAGACGGCCGCCAUGGUCAACCUCUGGGCCAGAGUCAUGCACGGGGUCGAGUCCAGCCAGGAGUCGGCGGCUUUCUUCGUCGACUACUGCCGCCGCAACGGCGGGCUGUUCUCCAUCCGCGCUGAUGACCACACGGGCGGCAACUACCAGCGCUUUCACGGCGGAACACAGGCGAUCGCCAACGGCAUCGCCCGGCUGAUAGGGGUCAGCAACAUCCACCUCUCCGCCCCCGUCGCCUCCAUCGAGGAUCACCAGUCCCACGUCGACGUGGUCACGACCGACGGACAGCGUUUUGUCGGCAGGAAGCUCAUCAUCUCCGUACCGAGCGCCAUGCUCCGCGACAUCAACAUCGCCCCGGCCCUGCCCCGGAGGGUGCGAGAAGUCACCGACGCGUCGAGGCUCGGCCACUACAACAAGGCCAUUCUCUGCUACGACACGCCGUGGUGGAGGGACCUCGGCUACAACGGCUUCUUCAUGAGCUACACGGGGCCCGUCGCGCUGGCCCGCGAUACCAGCGUCGACGAAACCCGCCACUACGCCCUCACCUGCUUCGUCAACGGCCGGCUCGGCGAGGACUGGUCCAAGCUGUAUCCGCACGAGCGUCGCAGGCUCGUACUCCAGCAGGUCGGCGCCGUCUUUGGCGUCGGGCCCGACUCGGAGGCGUUCCGCCCGAUCGAGGUCUUUGACCAGAUCUGGAAGCACGAGCGGUUCAGCAAGGGCGCACUGGCGCCCAUUGCGGAGAUCGGGCACUAUACCGAGUACGCCGACGUGUACGGCAAGCCGGUCGGCAACAUCCACUUCGUCGGGACGGAGUACUCGGCCGAGUGGAAGGGAUAUAUGGAGGGGGCGUUAUGCUCAGGCGAGCAGGGGGCCAAGGAGGUCAUUGACGCCGUUCAGCGCGCACCCCGGGCUAAUCUGUAG